GCUUCAACGAGAUCAAUAAUCCAAUCAACGGGAUUUUGGAAACGGCAAUUGAACGGGAUACAACUAUCAAUGAGAAUUCUGUCUGGCUGCUACAGUGUACUAAACGGGAUGAUAACCAACACUCUAGAGCAGAGAGUUUGGAAAUCUACAAAGAUCUCUCUAUACAAACUGCCGAAAGAGGAUCCAGCAUCCUAUGUGAGGUAUACACAAAUGGUACACAUGGCUUUGAUGUAAUCCCACGGUCAUUGAUUAAAAGUCUGACGAAGCACAUUAGGAGAACAAGGUUAUACGACAUAGCCAAACGUGAAUAUAGAUUCACAAACACGUUUCAUUGUCAAAGAUUGACACCUGACAAUAUAUUGAUGUUUAUACUAAGUCGUCCAGCUGGUGUCCUUGAGUGGCCAGAGCUUGAUAUGGUGGAGAAAUGGUAUAACGUUAGCUAUCAUGUAGCCAGCAUUAGCAGUGAUCGUCUUGACAAGUUGCGUGACACUUCAUCUAUUAAUGCCAGCUUGUCACUGCUGUCAGUCAACAACUACAUCCCUCGAGAUCUGUCACUACCUCCUUUACCGAAGAUAAAUUCUCUGUACCCUACAGUCAUACUAAAGCAACAAGGUCUGGAAGUUUGGUGGAAACAGGAUGUUGUUUUCUGUACUCCUAAUGUACACCUCUAUUGUGACUUUUUGACUCCUGUGACCUACAACUCAUCUUCAAACACUGCUCUAGCUCAGCUCUAUCGGCAUUUAGUCAUAGACUCUCUACAUAAGCCAUUGUAUGCAGCCAUACUGGCAGGAUACAGAGCCUCAUUCAAUCUGACAACAUCGUGUUUUACUAUAAAACUCUAUGGUUAUAGUAAUAGUGAAACAAUGAUGUUAUUUAUUGGUUACAGUCAUAGUGAAACAAUGAUGUUAUUUAUCAACACGGCUAUUGAACAUGCUAGAAAGAUUGGUAAAAUGCAUUUGCUUUAGUUUGAAGGUACGUGUAAUGUGAAUGUGUGCAAUUGUAGCAACUGCUACUCAGGAGUAUCUUCGAGAGAACAAUCGAUAUCUUGUUGCA